ACUAUGUAAGAUUGUUAUUUAUUUAUAUUAAAUAGUUUAUAUGAUAACCUGCUUAAAUAUAUAUCAUUAAAAUAUUUUAUUUCAUGUUCAUUUGUAAUGAAAACCAUCAAAUCUUAUACAAAAGUCAUAAAAUGAAAUUCAUUUGGUCCAUUCCUAACUUAUUCGCUUACCAGCAGUAGAUUAUGAACGCAUUUUACAAUCGUUGACAAACUGAAUGACAAUGACAGAUGACAAUUGACAUUGACAUUGACAUUAACAGCUGACAGUUACGAUUCGCUGGUGUGCGUCGGCAUUGUUGGUGUUUAUUUAUCGAGUAAACAAACUAAAAAUCAAGUUAAAUGUUGUGCCAUUGAACAAUGAAGCAAAGUUUUGUAAAUUAUUAAAUUCUAACCGUAACCUAGUGCGCAUGUGAGCGGAAAAUCAAUAUUUACUAGCCACAUAACCUCUUCGUAAUCAUGUCGGAAAGUUCGCAAUUUCAACCUUAUUACGUCGAUCGAGCUAAAGGGGGGCGAGCAGGGUGCAAGGGUUGUAAGGACAAGUGCCCUAAUGGUGAACUACGAAUCGCUAAGAUAGUAGCAAGCCCCUAUGGCGAAAACCAACAGAUGAAAUCAUGGUAUCAUGUAGAUUGCUUCAUGACCGCUCUUUUGAAACAGAGACCGGCUACCAAAAGGGUUGAUUCCGUAGACGAUAUAGGAAACUGGGAAGCAAUAUCAAAAGAAGACCAAGAAUUUUUACUAAACAAAUUAAAUGACAUGGAGAAAUUAUAUGAGGAAAAGAACAGUGGAAAGUAUACAGCUAAGGUAUUGAAAAAUGAGUUGAAUAUAAACAAACCAAGUACUUCCAAGGGAUCCCCUAAAAGCAAGGAUAAAGAAGUUAUAAAAACAGAUGAUAAUAAUUUCAUAGAAUUUAUAAAUUUGUGCAAAAGAAUCUCUAGACAUGAUGCUUACUUGGACAAAACUUCUGUUGUUAACAGUUUUUUCACUAAAGGUACUGACGGUAACUCUUUCCAAGGUGACAUUGCACUGUGGUGCAAGCUCCUCCUUCCCCAAGUUACAAAAAGAGUUUAUAACUUAAAAAGUAAGCAGUUAGUGAAAUUAUUUUCACGAAUAUUCAACACAGAUCAUGAUGAUAUGUUGACGCAUUUAGAGCAAGGGGACGUUGCAGACACGGUCAAACACUUCUUUAAGAAAUCCAGAACUUAUGAACCUGCAUCGGAAAGUAAACUAACUAUUCAUGAUGUUGAAAACUUCUUAGAAGACCUCUCAAAGUUGACAAAAGAAGAAGAGCAGAUAUACCAUUUCAAGAAAAUAGUUAAACGAUGUACAGUAGAUGACAUUAAAAUGAUUAUAAGGCUUAUUAAAGGUGACCUAAGAAUCAAUGCUGGUCCUAAGCAUAUUCUAGAAGGUGUGCACCCAGAUGCUUACAAAGUCUUUCAGACUUCAAGAAACCUUGACAUGGUCUUAGAAAGAGUUUUGCAAAACAGCAGCGGUGUUAAACACAAGGAUUCUAUUCAGGAAACUGUGAAAGCUCAAGUUCAAAUCAUGACUCCAGUUCUGCCGAUGUUGGCUGAAGCAUGCAAGUCCGUUGAAAUGGCAAUGAAGAAAUGUCCUAACGGAAUGUUCUCUGAAAUUAAAUAUGAUGGGGAAAGAGUCCAAGUACACAAGAAGGGGCAUGAAUUUAAGUACUUUUCGAGAUCAUUGAAACCUGUGAUGGCACAUAAAGUCAGUCACUUCAAAGAUUAUCUACCGAAAGCAUUCCCUAAAGGUGAAGAUCUGAUUUUAGAUGCGGAAGUACUUAUGGUUGAUGUAAAGACUGGGAAGCCAUUGCCGUUUGGCACUCUUGGCAUUCACAAGCAGUCAGCAUUCACUGAUGCAUCAGUAUGCUUGUUUGUAUUUGACUGUCUGUACUAUAAUGGUAAAGUACUGCUGGACAUACCAAUUAGAAAGAGAAGAGAGAUCUUGUAUGAACAUAUGAAGGAGAUAGAGAAUCAUGUCAUGUUCUCUGAACAGAAGCUUAUAAAGCAGCCAGGUGAUUUAGCCAGCAUGAUUGCUGAGGUUCUCCAAUUGGGCCUAGAAGGCUUAGUGCUCAAAGAUCUAGAAUCCACCUAUGAGCCUGGAAAACGACACUGGCUGAAGGUGAAGAAAGACUACCUGUUUGGGGGAGCCAUGGCCGAUACAGCUGAUCUGGUGGUGCUUGGGGCUUGGUUUGGCACAGGCAAAAAGGGCGGCAUGAUGUCGGUAUUCCUGAUGGGGUGUCUCGACACGCGCCGGAAAAUCUGGGUCACCGUCACCAAGGUACAUACAGGACAUGAUGACAGCACCCUGGAGCGGCUACAGAAGGAACUCGGUCCACUCAUGGUGAAGAUAUCCCAGGAUAGUAACAAGAUACCGAGCUGGCUGGAUUGUAAUAAGGGUUUGGUGCCGGACUUUGUGGCUAGAGAUCCUAAGCAACAGCCGGUUUGGGAGAUUACUGGAACGGAAUUCACAAAAGCAAACAUACACACGGCUGACGGAAUCUCCGUCCGUUUCCCGAGAGUCACCCGAAUACGAGACGACAAGAACUGGGAGACCGCAACUAACUUGGACGAACUGAAACAUCUGUUCAAAACGUCCAAAGAAAAAACAGACGUUUCGCUACUGAACAAAUUGGCUGAAACAGCCUCAAAGUCGGAUGUCAGCGAACCGCCAACGAAGAAAGUCAAAGCUAGUCCGUCAAAGGAAAAGAAAAUAGACGCAUAUUUUUCAAAGACUCAAAACUCACCGAAAAGGAAAAAGGUUAAAAAGGAAGAACUGGAUAGCUCGACAGCAUCUGAAAAAAUGGACACAUCAGACCGAAGCAAUACCAGUACAGACAGUAAAGACAAAAGCAAUGUCAGUACAGAUAGCAAAGACAAACUCAAUGCCAGUACAGAUAGUAAAAAAAGCAAAUCAAGUGAAAAAAUCAAAAAAGAGAAAAUAAAGUUCGAACUUGUACCGGAAAAUCCGUUGCCGGACGCAUUUAAAGACCAGAAAAUAGGUUUCUACCCGGAUUUCAUCAGCUUUCCUGAAGAUGAGAGGCGACAUUUUGAAAGACAUUGGGUUGGCUACGGAGGUAAAGUUGUCAAAUCCCUAAAAUGUACAGAUGUAGACUUCGUCAUUCACAACAGUAGUAGAAUAGAAUUUAAGAACAUGACUAAAUUAAAAGACAAACUGCCUUCCCAUGUACGACAUGUAAUAAGAAGUUGGUUGGUAAAAUGUAUAAAUGAUGUGAAAUUGUGUGAUACUAAAAGGUUUUCUGUCACUGUUGAACCAUAACUUUACAGUGCUCUACGUUUUUACUAAUUGUCUAUGACAGAAAUAACCUUGUAAAGCUAACUGAAUUUACGGGUAAAUACAUUGUUCUUCACUUACAAAAAAUAUCCUGUACGUAGCUUAGUUAUAUACAGAACUUUUAUUGAAAUCUCACAACCUGCAUACUGAUUAUAUAAUAAUAUUUAUUUAACGCCACCUUUUGGCGAAUCGUUAAACUAAAUCUUAGCAACUAAGGCAUUUAGUUCCGUAUUUGGACACCAGGUACCGUUAAACGGUAUUAAACUAUAAACUUUUUUUAAUCUAUUCUCACCGAUAAUAAUGAAUGAUUUUUUAAAUAAAUAUUUUUUUGUUAAAAUAACAGGUUAUUAAUUAAUAAAC